AGUAGGCAGGGGCCUCUCCUCCGUCUUUGCUCUCUCUGCUCGCUCGACUUCUCAAAAGCCCAUUUCUCUCUCUCUCGAACAACAACACCAAUGGCGAUCGCGAGCUUGGCUAGGAGGAAGGCUUACCUGCUCACCAGAAACUUCUCCAACUCCAACGCUGACGCCCUCAGGUUCUCUUUCUCCCUCUCUCGCGGCUUCGCCUCCUCCGGAUCCGACGAAAACGACGUCGUCGUCAUCGGCGGAGGUCCCGGUGGUUACGUUGCCGCCAUCAAGGCUGCGCAACUUGGUCUCAAGACCACCUGCAUCGAGAAGCGCGGCACUCUCGGUGGGACCUGCCUCAACGUCGGAUGUAUUCCCUCCAAGGCUCUUCUUCAUUCUUCACACAUGUACCAUGAAGCAAAGCAUGCAUUCGCGAGCCAUGGUAUUAAGGUUUCUUCCGUUGAGGUAGAUCUGCCUGCUAUGUUGGCCCAGAAGGACACAGCUGUGAAGAACCUCACUCGUGGUAUUGAGGGUCUGUUCAAGAAGAACAAGGUGAACUACGUCAAGGGGUAUGGUAAGUUUCUCUCCCCCUCUGAAGUCUCCGUGGACACACCUGAUGGAGGAAACACCGUUGUGAAAGGCAAACAUGUCAUAAUCGCUACUGGCUCCGAUGUCAAAUCUUUGCCUGGUAUCACCAUUGAUGAAAAGAAAAUCGUCUCAUCAACCGGAGCCCUGUCUCUCACAGAGGUCCCUAAGAAGCUGAUCGUCAUCGGUGCGGGCUACAUCGGGCUCGAGAUGGGUUCUGUUUGGGGCCGACUGGGAUCAGAGGUCACAGUUGUCGAGUUUGCCCCAGAUAUCGUCCCAUCAAUGGAUGGGGAGAUCCGCAAGCAGUUCCAACGUUCUCUUGAGAAGCAAAAGAUGAAAUUCAUGCUCAAGACAAAGGUGAUAGCGGUAGAUUCCUCCGGAGAAGGUGUGAAGCUCACCGUAGAACCUGCAGAUGGAGGGGACCAGACCACUCUGGAAGCUGAUGUGGUCCUAGUCUCGGCCGGCAGAACUCCGUUCACGUCUGGGCUUGGUCUGGAGAAAAUCGGAUUGGAAACGGACAAGGCUGGAAGGAUUCUGGUGAACGAGCGAUUCGCAACAAGUGUACCGGGAGUGUACGCAAUAGGGGAUGUGAUUCCGGGACCAAUGCUGGCCCACAAGGCGGAAGAGGACGGGGUGGCGUGCGUUGAGUUCAUAGCAGGUAAACAUGGACAUGUGGACUAUGACAAGGUCCCAGGCGUCGUAUACACGCAUCCUGAAGUUGCCUCGGUAGGGAAAACAGAGGAGCAGUUGAAGAAGGAAGGGGUUAGCUACAGGGUAGGGAAAUUUCCGUUUAUGGCAAACAGCAGAGCAAAGGCAAUUGAUAAUGCGGAGGGACUGGUGAAGAUUCUGGCAGACAAGGAAACAGACAAGAUCUUGGGGGUUCACAUAAUGUCACCAAACGCAGGAGAGCUGAUCCAUGAGGCGGUUUUAGCGAUCAACUACGAUGCAUCCAGCGAAGACAUUGCCCGUGUCUGUCAUGCCCAUCCUACCAUGAGUGAAGCCCUCAAAGAGGCUGCCAUGGCCACUUAUGACAAGCCUAUUCACAUCUAAUCUAUUUAAAAAAAGAGCAAAGGAGAAUGAACCACAAAGGAGACCUCGACCUCCUUCUAAGGAAAGCUGCCUCAUCAUCAAGAAUCAGGUCCUGUUGUGUUUUGAACCCUGGUUUGGUUGUUUCCCUUUUACCCUUUUAUUUUGGAUUCUUCUUUGCCUGUCGAACUCAAAGAAUGAGCUGAAAGCAGAUAAUACUCAAUUUCCUUCUCUUUAAUUGUUAAUGUCUGUGCAAACCCUUUUGGGGGUUCUAUGGCCGAUCACAACGAUAAUAAUUAUAUUAGUGUAUGUUGAGGUUUCAUA